AUGUACCAGAAUGAACAACUAGCUGUUUUCUUGCGUUAUGUGGAUAAGAAAGGAAGGACAGUUGUGAGAUUUCUUGGUCUUGCCCAUGUUGAAGACACUUCCUCUUUGACACUUAAAGCUGCAAUUGAGGACAUGCUUAUGACAUACAAUUUGAGCUUUGCAAUGGUCCGUGGGCAAGGAUAUGAUGGGGCUAGUAAUAUGAAAGGUAAUGCUAAUGGCCUGAAGAAACUAAUUAUGGAUGAGUCUCCUUAUGCCUAUUAUGUCCAUUGCUUUGCCCAUCAACUACAAUUAACUCUUGUUGCUGUUGCAAAGGAGAGUGGUGAUUGUAAUUGGUUAUUUCAACAUCUGGCAUGUUUGCUAAAUGUUCUACGCUAUUCUUGUAAAAAGAUGAGAAUGCUUCGAAUAGCUCAAGCUGAGGAACUUAUUGCUGCAUUAGAGUUGGAAGAAGUAGAAACAGGGACGGAUUUGAAUCAAGAAAUGGGUAUUGGAAGGCCAUGUGAUACUCGUUGGGUCUCUCACUACAAGACUGUCAACCAUGUUAUCUCUAUGUAUCCGGCAAUAAGGCGUGUUCUCAUAAGGGUUGCAAAAGAGUAUAAUGGCACAGAGGUAGUAGCAGCCAUGACUAUGUUGACAUCAUUUUGGACAUUUGAAUUUGUUUUCAUGGCACACUUGAUGCAAGAAAUAUUUGAAUACACCGAUGACUUGAGUAGAGCUUUGCAAAAGAAAGAUCAAGAUAUUGUUAAUGCUAUGGAGAUUGUUGAUCUCACAAAGCUGCACUUGCAAUGCUUGCGAGAAGAUGAAGGGUGGAAUGAUUUUCUUCAGAAUGUCACUUCUUUUUGUGUAAAGCACAAGAUCAAAGUUGUUGACACGGAGGCUCCUUACUAUCCUGCUAGGAGACCAAGAAGAGGGUUCUUCAAUGGCGCAAAGAAUUACCAACUCUUCAAGGUUGAAAUGUUUGUGGGUGUCAUUGAUAGGCAACUUCAAGAGCUGAAUGCAAGAUUCUUCAAGAGCAUUCAGUCCACGUGA